GUGUCAAAUCAUAAUUAAAAUAAUUAAAUCUAGAUUGUAGGGUGCAUUGAAUCAUAGUCCAAAUAAUUUACCCAAGAGUUCAACAUAACUAUUUCACACAAAUCAUAUUGCUCAUGCUGGUAUCUUCCUUGAAUCUUCUCCUUCUACCUAUAGUAAAUUAAUAUUUUUUGAUGUGCCCUUCUGCAACCUUUAACAUGUUUCGCGGAGAAGAGAAAAAGAAUUGCUGUGAAUGGGAAGGAGUUCAAUGUAGCAACACAACUGGGCACAUCACUAUGCUUAAUCUAACGACAUAUGUGUAUGGUCAUGAUUUUAUCUUAAGAGAGUCUAUCAGUUCACUCAACAAAAUACAACAUCUUGAUCUCUUUAAUUGUAAUUUAAGUGGAUCUCUUCCUAGUCAGCUUGCAAACCUCAUAAGUCUGCAAUAUCUUGAUCUUGGCUAUAACAACUUCAACAGUGUCAAAAAUCUUGAGUGGCUCUCUCGUCUUUCUUACUUGCAAUACCUUUAUCUGAGUGAAAUCGACCUUAGUAAGGUCAACAAUGACUGGCUGCAAGUAAUUAAUAAGCUCCCUCAUCUAACUAACUUGUCUCUAUAUAGAUGUAAUCUUCGAGAUGUCAUUCCCCAGUAUGUCCCCAUAAUUAACACUUCUAGUACUUCUCUCGUCCACCUUGAUCUAGGAAGCAACAAUUUGACUGCUUCCACAUUCCAAUGGUUGUUCAACUUUAGCAACAGCCUUGUUAGUCUCCGCUUGCGUUUUAAUCAAUUUCGAGGUCCAAUUCCAGAAACUUUUAGUCACAUGACUCUCCUAGAAAGGCUAAGUCUCUCAUAUAAUCAGUUUGAAGGAGAGAUUCCAAAAUCCUUUUGGAGCGGUAACUUGUCAUCAUUGCGAUACUUGUAUCUUUCAAGCAAUAAACUGAGUGGUGAUAUACCCAAAAGCAUCGGAUUGCUGUCAAAGCUUGAGGUCUUGGAUAUUUCUUUCAAUUCUUUCAAUGGGGUGAUCACUGAGGAACACUUCUCAACGCUAUCUAAUUUAUGGUCCUUGGGCAUGUCUUCUAAUAAUCUGAGCAUCAACUUCAGCCGUGACUGGAUUCCUCCAUUCCAGUUGAAACAUAUUCGUCUAGGAUCUUGCAAGUUGGGACCUGAUUUUCCAAGCUGGUUAAAGACCCAAAGGAACUUUAUAUUUCUUAAUAUUUCUGCAAACAGAAUUUCAAAUGGCAUCCCCAUCUGGUUCAGUACCUUGCCUUCUACAGCACUAGGAAUAGAAUAUCAUUAUGAAAAUCUCACAUUUCAGAGGACAAUUGAUCUCUCAAGCAACAAAUUAACAGGAGAAAUUCCAGUCCAAAUUUCGAGUCUUUUUGAAAUGCAUCAAUUGAAUUUAUCAAGAAACCAUUUGAUUGGAAGAAUUCCACCAGAUAUAGGGCAGAUAAGACAGUUGGAAUCGCUUGAUCUUUCACACAACAGGCUUUCAGGCCGGCUUCCUCUAAGCAUGUCCCAAUUAUAUUCUCUCAGUAAGCUGGACUUAUCGUAUAACAACAUUUCUGGGAGAAUUCCAACCAGCACUCAAAUGGACACCUUUAAUGCUUCUGCAUUUGCUGGUAAUCCUACACUUUGUGGACCGCCUCUAACACCAUCAUGCCCAGGUGAUGAAAAAUUGAUAGAUGAUGGUAUCAAAUACAAUCAACAAGACAAAGAUGAAUUCUGGAAAGCGUUUCAACCUAGUAUGAAACUCGGAAUGGCUUUUGGCUUUUUGGGAGUUCUGGCUCUCAAGAUAGAUCAUCCCUGGAAACAUGUUUGUUUCUUGCUGUCCAACUACAUGGAGGUCUACCUCAGCAACUUGAAAGAUUGCCUCUGUUUGAUUGUGUCAGCACUUUGUUUGGUGAUAACAGCGAGUGCUGCUGGACUGCGAAGAAAGUUGAAGUUUUAGGAUUGAUCCCUUGGAAGGUAUGUCUUAGGAAUUUGUUGGCUACGUGUCUUUGAGUUUCCUAGUUAUCAGGAUUACAUGUUUUAUUGUUUUUAGUGGCUAAGUGGUUGCUAAUUUCUAGCUUAAUUUAGUUGUUGUUUUUAGCCCAUUUUGUAAGGUCGUUUUCUUUCUCUUGAAUAAAAUGAACAGAUGAAU